AUGGUGUGGCGCUCCAAGCUCGGCAGUGCUGAGCCGGACAACGGGCAUUUGACGAGCUCCGAGGCGUCGCACGGUGGCUGGGCCUUCAGCAGCCACACUGCGCCCAUCAGUGGCUUCAGCGAGCUGCUGUGCCUCGGCCGCCGCCUGGCCGACCCCUACGCCGCCGGCGACGUCCAGAGCCACCCGUUUUGCGUCCACGGCGCCAGUCGCUCGCUCAAGCCGUGCAUGUGCGGCUCGGCGCUCGUGAUGGGCAUUCGCAUGCACAUGCCCGACGCCAUCUGGGGCGCCAACCACGUCUCCCUCGCCCACGAGGCGUCGGGGCUGACCGUCUCGUUUACUGCGGAGGGCGCUCUCCUUCACUGGGCGCGCGACUCCGUCGAGCACGGCUCGCGGGACCUGCGCGUGCCCGUCGCCAACGCGGCCGUGUGGCAGGAGCGGCUGCGCGCCGCGCAAAAGGACGCCAGUCUCGACUACGACUGGACGUUCCGCUGCGACGGCUAUGCCGGCGACGUCGAGGUUCGGCCGCGCAGCGGCGCGCGCGGCUGGGCAAGGAAGCACGAGAAGCAGGCGUCGCUCGCCAUGCUCGGCAGCCUCGCGCCCGCCGUGCAGCCGCUAUCCUCGGGCGCGUCAGACGCCGUGGGCGACGGCCUCGCGGCGGACGGCGUCGCCGGCAGGCUGCUCCGGCAGCGGGGCGCGAUUCUGUGGUCUGCCGACGUGCUGCUGACCCUCCCCAGCGGAAAGACGGUCUGCGUGCGGGCGGCUCCAGUUGCAGCGCCGGCCGGGCUUGUGCCGAUGAGAAUGUCGGUGCCGCUCAGCGCAGCGGUGACUCCCCCCCUCGUCCCCGCGCCUGCUGCUGUUCCAUCGGCGGCCGUGCCGCAUUCGCCGCCCGCGCCGCAUUCGCCGCCAGCGCCCUUCGCGCCGCCCGCGGCUUGCGGCCUGGGAGGCCCUCUCGCUGCCGCGCCAGAGCGCGAAACGGCGCCGCUGCCUUCGCUGCACGCCUCGCCGGCUGUCGCCAGUCCCACCGCGCUAUGCGUGUCGGACGACGGGGUUGCGGUCGCCGUCGGCGGAGAGAGCGGUGGCGUCAUGCUGCUGCGCGCGGCGCCGGCGGGCGGGGGGGAGGUCACCGAGGUGUGGCGCUCGGAGCGCGCGCACCGCGGCGCGGUCACGGCGCUGCGUUUCGUGCCGCGCGGCGGCGGCGAGGCGGGCGGCGAGGCGGGCGGCGGCGCGGAGGGCGGCGGCGCGGAGGGCGGCGGCGCGGAGGGCGGCGGCGCGGAGGGCGGCGGCGCGGAGGGCGGCGGCGCGGAGGGCGGCGCGGGCGGCGCCGAGGCGGCCGCGGCGUCUCUCGCCUCUGCGGGCGAGGACGGCAGGCGGCUGCGCGCCGCGGCGGCCGUGUCGUCGCUGGUCCACGCGCCAAAGAGGCGCCUCCUCUGCGCCGCCGGGUACGGCGGCGUUUCCGUUUGGGAGGGCUUCGGGCUCGGCGAGGCGCCAGCGCGACUGCUCCCUUUCAAGGGCGUCGCCCGCUUCUCUCGCGGCCCUCUCGAGGCGCUCUCGCUGCCGCCAGAUGAGCGCUACGCCGCGGCGGGCGCGCAGGACUGCACCCUUGUCCUCUGGCCGCUCCACGCCGGCGGCAGCCGCAACGGCGACGGCGGCGACAACGGCGGUGUCGACCCGCGCCAGCGAGGCGUCGGCCCGGCCAGCGAGGCAGAGGCGGCCGUCGAGGGGGGCGCCGCUCUCUUCUUUGGCGGCUACGAGCGCAAGGCGAGCGGGUGGAGCCAGGGAGGGAUAUGCGGGCGGUCGGCCGUGGUGUGGGACAUCGGCCCGCCGGGUGCGCCGCCGCCCGUCCGGCGCAACGGGCGCGCGACGCCGCUGUUCGGCCAACGGCGCGCGACGCUGCUCCUCGGCCACCGGUCCUCCGUCGAGUGGCUCGGCUUCGCGCCCGCCGAGCCCGCCGUCGCCGCCACCAUCGUCGCGGCGGCGGCGGGAUGCCGCGUGCUGCUCUACUCGCUGGACCAACGCGAAGGCGGCGAGGGCACCGCCCACGCCGGCUCCCUCCGCCCCGUGGCGGAGUGCACGCUGCCCGACGGCAGACGCGGAGAGGAGCUCGUCUUGGCAUGGGGGCGCGACGGGUACCUCUUCGGCGCUUGCGGCGGGAGCCUGUUCGCAUGGCGCGCCGGGUGA